UUUGUGUGACGUCAGAAGCAUGAUGGCGGCGAGAGCAGGGAAGCAGCAGAACCGUGUGGGGAGGAAGAGCGGCUCCGGGGAGCAGGAUGAGGAGGAACAGCCGCUCCAGGCCGUGCUGAUCGCCGACAGCUUCAACCGGAGGUUCUUCCCCAUCACUAAGGACCAGCCGAGGGCUCUCCUCCCUCUGGCCAACGUCUCCAUGAUUGACUACACUCUGGAGUUCUUGACCUCUACAGGUGUUCAGGAGACGUUUGUCUUCUGCUGCUGGAUGUCCAACAAGAUAAAGGACCAUCUUCUGAAGUCGAAGUGGUGUCGCCCCAGUUCUCCAAACACGGUGCACAUCAUCACGUCAGAGCUGUACCGCUCUCUGGGAGACGUGCUGAGAGACGUGGACACCAAAUCCCUCAUCCGCUCUGACUUCAUCCUGGUGUACGGAGACGUGGUGUCCAACAUCGACCUGUCCCACGCCCUGCAGCAGCACAAACUGAGGCGUAAACAGGAGAAGAACAUCUCGGUGAUGACGAUGAUUUUCAGAGAGUCGUCUCCAGGCAACCGGACGCGGUGCGAUGAGGAUGAUGUCAUUGUUGCCGUGGAUACCAAGAGUAACAGAGUGCUGCACUAUCAGAAGACACAGGGUCUGAAUAAGAUCCACUUCCCCAUGAACAUUUUCCACAGUGGCAGUGACGAGUUUGAGGUCCGUCAUGACUUGCUGGACUGUCACAUCAGCAUCUGUUCCCCUCAGGUCGCUGAACUCUUCACUGAUAACUUCGACUAUCAGACCAGGAACGACUUCGUAAGAGGGAUUCUGGUCAACGAGGAGAUUUUGGGGAAUCAGAUCCACAUGUUUGUGAGUAAAGAUGGCUACGGCGCGCGCGUCUCCAACCUGCACAUGUACGACUCCGUGUCCUGCGAUCUGAUUGGCCGCUGGGCGUAUCCCAUCACCCCUGAAGCUAACUUCUCAGAUGAGGAGGGGCGGAGCUGCACGCACUCUCGCCACAAUGUUUACCGUGAAGUGGGCGUCGGUUUAGGACACGGCAGUUUGAUGGAGGAAAACGUUCUGAUUGGACAAAACACGGUGAUCGGCGCCAACUGCAGCCUCUCUAACACCGUGAUCGGGGCUAACUGCCUGAUCGGAGAUGGUGUGGUGUUGGACAGGGCGUUUAUCUGGAACAGUGUUCAUAUUGGAGACGGAGUGACGGUUCGUCAGUCUGUGGUCUGUGAUGGAGUGGAGGUGAAGGACGGAGUCACACUCAAACCACAGUGUGUACUCGCUUAUGGUGUGGUGGUGGGGCCGGGCGUGUCUCUCCCUGAGAGGACAGUUGUGUCUCUGCAUCACCCAGAUGAGGAGGAGGAAGAUGAUGAAGAAGAUGAGUUCUUGAGUGAAGAGAAUGACAUCAAUGUUCAUAAAGACAAGAUCAAACACAAGGCAUAUAAUCCAGCUGAGGUGGGCUCUGAGGGGCGGGGCUACCUGUGGAAGAACAGCAGCACUGAUGAUGCGGAGGAGGAGGAGCUAACACAAUGCAUUUGGGGUCUGGUUCUGAAGUCCGAUCCUGACAGUGAGACAGAGAGCGAGGCUAGUGAAGGGUCACAUGAUCCUGGGAGCCGAUCUGAAUCCCCCGAGCUCGACGAUGUUAAAGUGUUUCAGAACGAGGUUCUCGGCACUCUGCAGCGAGGUCUGGAGGAGAACAUCAGCUGUGACAAUCUGGUUCUGGAGAUUAACUCGCUCAAGUAUGCCUAUAACAUCUCUCUGAAGGAGGUGAUGCAGAUCCUCACUAAAGUGGUGCUGGAGUUUCCUUUCCAUCAGCAUGGAGCUCACAUCACUGCUGCCCAGUACUCCUCUCUACUGCUGCCCUUGUUGAAGAAGUGGUCUCCGGUGUUUAAGAACUAUGUGAAGCGAGCUCAGGAUCACGCACACUGUCUCUCCAGUCUGGAGGAAGUGUUCAUUGAGCACGACACACAUUGGCCCGCCCUCGCCAAGGUGUUGAUGAGUGUGUACCAGUUGGAGAUUCUAGAUGAGGACUCCAUUAUGCGCUGGUUCUCUCAGGGAUCUCAGACGGAGCGGAGCAAAACCCUGCGCAAGAACCCGGGGCUGCUGAAGUUCAUCCAGUGGUUGGAGGAGGCUGAGGAGUCUUCAGAGGGAGACGAAUAAACACGUCAUCAGUGUGUGUGUGUGUGUGUGUGUGUGUGUGUGUGUGUGUGUGAGAGAGAAGCAGAACUGAUCUCAAUAAUUAUUCAUGCUAAUGAGGGACACUGAUGUUAACACACACAAUGUGUUUAUUAGCACUUAACACUGCUUCCUGAUGCUUUUGUAAAAGUGCUUUAGCUGUGUGAGCUAUUGUUACCAUGGAGAUGACCUUUGACCCUGUGACCAUAAUGUUAGCUUGUUGAAUGGACCCCGGAGUGAAAUAUUCAAUGUGUAAUAUUCCUAUGUUCUGAUUGGCAGCUGUGAGACCUGUUUAAAGGCUGAAAUGAAAGUGUGUGUGUGUGUGUAUUUAUCCAGUGUGUCCUACUGCUCUUUUUAUACUUCCUGUUCAGACUGGAUCUUGAUGAAGAAACAAAAGCUACAGAUAAUAAUGACAGUGAUGAUGAUGAUGAUGAUGAACUUUAUUCCCAUCUGCAACCAUUUUGAGAAGAAACCUUCUGCACUCUCCUGAUAUAUUCGAGCUCAGUGAUGUGAACAGAGAUGUCCAGGAUGAACAUAAAGUUCAGAGGGAAGUAGCAGAGGUGAUCGGUGCUUCUGCUGAGUGUGAGAGGCUAAUAGAGUUAGCUCGCUUUGUUAAUCUGACCUGAGAGUGUAGUCGAAGUCGAGCAUGUAGCGUAACUCACACGACUGAUUUUCACACAGAUUACUGCCUCACUUCACUGUGGUCAGUUGUAGAGUGUAUACAGUGUACAGUUACUACAGCUUCUGGAAAUCAAACACACCUCACUGUUCAGGCCACACACACACACACACACUCUGAAUACCACACCGAGGCUCUGGGGUUAGUUUAUUCAGUACAGAGGAAAAGGAUCUCGUCUAGCUGUGGAAAUAAAAUUACAUUUAAGUGUAACAAAGUGUGUAAGAUUACGACAGAAGAAUCUGUUCAUUUCCCCCAAUAAAAGUACAGAAUAUUAA